AUGUCUCUACAACUAGCUAACCGUUUUGUUAAGUUUCUCGUAGGUAUGCUAGAGAACGUUCCCGUUUGUAUUGGACAAUUCUAUAUUCCUACCGUAUUUAUGAUAAUGGAUAUAAAAGAGGAUUCCCAUAUUUCUAUUAUUUUAGGAAAACCCUUUUUAGCCACAGUCGAAGCCAUCAUAGAUGUGAAGAAGGAAAGGCUGACAUUCGAAGUCGAAGAAGAAAAAGUUGAAUUUCUCUUAGCUAAAUUCCAACAAGCACCAGCUAUAGAUGACUCAUGUUGUCUCUUAGGCGUCAUAGACGAAUGUGUGAAAUAA